AUGGAUAAAUAUAAAAAAAUUAAACUUGAACAUCAAUUAAAUACAGAAUUUAUUAUAAAAGAUGAAAUAUUUGAUGAAAAUGAUUUAGAACAUCAAUCAAUUCAAAAAGAAGACAAGAAUAUUUCAUGUGACGUUUGUCAUGCAAAAUUAGCUGAUCAAUACCGUUUAAUUGAACAUAAACGAAUACACACUGGAGAAAAACUUUUUUCUUGUGAAGUUUGUGAUAAAUCAUUUACUCGGCGAACCCGUUUAAAAGAACAUAAACGGAUUCAUACUGGAGAAAAACCUAUUUAUUGUGAAGUUUGUGGUAAAUCAUUUACUCACCGAGCCACUUUAACAGCACAUAAACGGACUCAUACUGGAGAAAAUCCUUUUUCUUGUGAUGUUUGUGAUAAAUCAUUUUUUCACAAAAAAGGUUUAGAGUAUCACAAACGGACUCAUACUGGAGAAAAACCUUUUCCUUGUGAAGUUUGUGGUAAAUCAUUUGCUCAGCAAGACAGUUUAAAAAAACAUAAACGGACUCAUACUGGAGAAAAACCUUUUUCUUGUGAAGUUUGUGAUAAAUCAUUUACUCAGCCAGCCACUUUAACAGCACAUAAACGGACUCAUACUGGAGAAAAACCUUUUUCUUGUGAAGUUUGUGAUAAAUCAUUUGCUCACCAAGACAGUUUAAAAAAACAUAAACGGACUCAUACUGGAGAAAAACCUUUUUCUUGUGAAGUUUGUGAUAAAUCAUUUACUCAGCCAGCCACUUUAACAGCACAUAAACGGACUCAUACUGGAGAAAAACCUUUUUCUUGUGAAGUUUGUGAUAAAUCAUUUGCUCACCAAGACAGUUUAAAAAAACAUAAACGGACUCAUACUGGAGAAAAACCUUUUUCUUGUGAAGUUUGUGAUAAAUCAUUUACUCAGCCAGCCACUUUAACAGCACAUAAACGGACUCAUACUGGAGAAAAUCCUUUUUCUUGUGAUGUUUGUGAUAAAUCAUUUUUUCACAAAAAAGGUUUAGAGUAUCACAAACGGACUCAUACUGGAGAAAAACCUUUUCCUUGUGAAGUUUGUGGUAAAUCAUUUGCUCAGCAAGACAGUUUAAAAAAACAUAAACGGACUCAUACUGGAGAAAAACCUUUUUCUUGUGAAGUUUGUGAUAAAUCAUUUACUCAGCCAGCCACUUUAACAGCACAUAAACGGACUCAUACUGGAGAAAAUCCUUUUUCUUGUGAUGUUUGUGAUAAAUCAUUUUUUCACAAAAAAGGUUUAGAGUAUCACAAACGGACUCAUACUGGAGAAAAACCUUUUCCUUGUGAAGUUUGUGGUAAAUCAUUUGCUCAGCAAGACAGUUUAAAAAAACAUAAACGGACUCAUACUGGAGAAAAACCUUUUUCUUGUGAAGUUUGUGAUAAAUCAUUUACUCAGCCAGCCACUUUAACAGCACAUAAACGGACUCAUACUGGAGAAAAACCUUUUUCUUGUGAAGUUUGUGAUAAAUCAUUUGCUCACCAAGACAGUUUAAAAAAACAUAAACGGACUCAUACUGGAGAAAAACCUUUUUCUUGUGAAGUUUGUGAUAAAUCAUUUACUCGGCGAACCCGUUUAAAAGAACAUAAACGGAUUCAUACUGGAGAAAAAAUUAAUUACUGCGAAGUUUGUGGUAAAUCAUUUACUCACCGAGCCACUUUAACAGCACAUAAACGGACUCAUACUGGAGAAAAACCUUUUUCUUGUGAAGUUUGUGAUAAAUCAUUUACUCAGCGAAGCAAUUUAACAACACAUAAACGGACUCAUACUGGAUAAAAACGUUUUUCUUGUGAAGUUUGUGAUAAAUCAUUUUUUUACAAAAAAGGUUUAGAGUAUCACAAACGGACUCAUACUGGAGAAAAACCUUUUUCCUCUCAAACUUGUCGAUAAAUCAUUUCCUCAGAAAAACGGUUUAGAAGCAUAUAAAGUGACUCACACUGGAGAAAAACUUUUCUUGUGAAGUUUGUGAUAAAUCAUUUACUCUCCGAAGCGAUUUAAUUUGCCCAUAAACAAACUCAUACCAGAAAAAUUUAAUUUUAAACAUUAUAAUUUUUUUUUUUUUUGAUGAUUAAAUGCGUUAUUUUAAAUGAAAAUGUUCGGAUAUAAUGCAGUCAUGUUAGGAUUUCACCUCAGAGUGAGAGAUAAUAAUCUGCCCUUCAUUUUGGUGUUCUUUAAGUGGUCUCAAAAGUCUCAUAAAAUCUCGCGCCUGCGCCGUAAAUUAUUCAAGGCCAAUGUUUACAAAAAUCAGUUUUUCGCGUUUAUCUCGGUUUCUAUUGCUCCAAUGGUGUUAACAUUUAUUAUGAAAAUCGUAGAGCAUAAAAUUUACGACAAAUUUUGUUCACAAAAAGUUUUCAUACAACCAACCGUAUUUUUUAUUAUUUUAAAAACAAAAGUAUUAGUUUCCCUUUUCUCCUUCUUCAUCGUCGUCAUCUUCCGGGCAUGUGAAAAUGUCUUUUUCAUUGUCAUCAUCUUUGUUUUUUUCUAGGCCUCUUAGAAUUUGCGUUGCAAAUGCACUCUCUUCAUCAUACUUACGAGUAAAAAGUAUUAUCUUAAGUAAUUCAGUAAUUCUUCAGGAACUGGUGGAAAUAUUUGUUAUUUGGUCCAGGAGUUCAUUUUGCAGCACCCAACCCGAUUCCUUUAUACGCUAGUAAAGUAGAACGCCAUCUCGUGUUUUAUUUUUAUAUUUUUUGGUUUUAUUUUCCAAUUCAUAAGAAUAUCCAGGAAAACGGUAAAAUUGCAAUUAUGGUUUAUUAUUGGGUGUGUUUUCACAAAUUAUGAUAAUAAAAACGGUCAGGGAAUUUUUCUUAUCAACAUGGAAGUGAAGGAAUUUCAAAUUAAUUAAUUCGAUUGCCAUCUUGUGUUUAUGAUUCGGGAAAAAUUCAAAAAAAUGUGAGCCAGGUCGUUACACACGGUGGGAUUGUUUGGGUUUUGAAAAUCAAAGUCCAUUUUUGUGUCGUCUAAAAUGAGGUCGCGUACAGAGUUUUGGAAAAGUUUUUAAAAAAUAGUUUCUUGUCUUUAUUGACUUUAUGGCCUAGCAUGAUGAACAAAAGUUUGAACCCUUCACCUUGGGAUGAUUCCUGGACACGGGCCUGAUGUGAGCAAAUGUAGAAAACUGCUAUUUAUCGAAAGUGUUCAGAUUGUUGGCCAUAGUAGCUCACAAACGAAUAAUUGUAAAUUACGUCAGUAAAUCGCGUUGAGAUUUCAUCGGUAAUUACACUAAUAAUUUACUAGAUUUAUAAUAACACCUUCGAUUUUUUUCUAGGUUAUUUACAUUAUACCCAGGUGAUGUAAUUUUAACAGGGACACCUGCUGGAGUGGGUGUGUUUAGAAAUCCUCCUCUAUAUUUACAAAAAGGUGAUGUAAUUGAAAGUGAAAUUGAUGGUAUCGGAAAAAUGAUAAAUAAAGUAGUUUAAAAUAAAGUGUAAAGAAUAA